AUGGCGGAAGAUGAGUUUGAUCAAUCUUGCUUGACAGCAGUGAGGACGAUGCGAGUUUCCCUUGUGGAUGAACUUGAAGGACAGAUUGAUUCUAUGCUGGAGGUUUUGGUCUGUCAAGAGGUGUUCACUCGCGAUGACUGUGAGGAAGUUUUGUGUCAGCGGGGGCCACGGGCUAGAGUAAGAAAAGUGCUGGAUAUCCUGGAAUGCAAAAGUGAGGAAGCAGCAAGGUUUUUUCUCUCUAUUAGGAGUCAUCAUCAUCAUCAAUUCAAUGACGGGGGCACUGUUCCUCCUAAGUCCACAGAAUACAAGAGAGUCCAACAAAAACACAAAGAUGUUCUCAGGCGCAGAAGUGAGAGUAUGCUUUCCUACAACAGUCGACAUGGAGAGAAAAUCCUUUUUUCUGAACAUUAUGUCAACCUCCUGUUGGUCGAUGGUCAUCAGGGCUUAGAGAUUAAAAGACACGAGGUACUGACCUUUGGGCAGAAGCGUCUGUCUUUGCAACAGAUGUCAGGAGUGCAGAGGAGAAUCACACCUGCCGAGCUGUUUUCACGGUCAAAUGGAAUCCGUCCAGUUAAGAAAGUUCUGGUGACGGGAGUGGCGGGAAUUGGGAAAACUGUCCUGGUGCAGAAAAUGCUCUUUGAUUUUGGGGGAAACAAAAAUUCCCUUGCAUUUGACUUCAUUAUUCACAUGAGUUUCAGGGACCUAAAUCUAAUUAGCAAACCCACAAACCUCCGGGAGUUGGUCCUCCGUAAAAACAAACACCUCGCCAAGGAGCUGGAUACCAUCUUGGCUAACGAUGACAAACUGCUGGUUAUCCUGGAUGGCUUUGAUGAGUUCAGACACUACAAGAGCUGCGACACUGAUGAGUUUGUGACGGAGCCUGAGGAAGAUGCUGAAGUCCAGAAGGUCUUAGGGAGUUUGUUACUGGGCGAACUGCUACCAAAUGCGUCUGUCUUGCUCACCAGUAGGCCUGCAGCUGUAAACCACAUCCCUGUGGGCAGCAUCGACCGCUUUGCGCUCAUUGCUGGAUUCUCUUUACCAGAAGUUCAAGAUUUCUUCUCAAAAUAUUUCCAGGACGCCGUGCUUGCUCACCGCAUGUUUACAACAGUAUCAGCAAAUGAAUUUAUGCUGACAUUGUGUUACAUACCUGCAUUUUGCUACAUUGUAUGCUGCAUCCUAAAGGAGAGCGAAGAUCUUUCUGGAGAAAGGCCAAAGACCAUGACAGACAUUUAUGUGCAGUACCUGGUGGCCUUACUUCGUUCUCACACCCAAGCCAGAGUGGGAAAAUGUUUUCAAGGCCAAAUAACAGGAACCAAUGAUCAGCUGUCUGAAAGCGUGGUGAAGCUGGGCCAACUUGCCUUCCAAAAACUAACGGAGCAUCAAACCCUGUUCUACAGUAGUGAUGAAGAUGUUGCAGCACUCGAGGGAUCCGUCCUCCUCAGUACCUUCCUUGACAAGACAGUCGCACAAGAGCCUGGCUGCACAGAGGAGGUUUUAUCCUUUGCUCACCUGACGGUUCAAGAGUUCUUUGCAGCACUUUACUGUGCAGUAACAGACCAUCCUUUACCCGAUGGGAUUCAGAGCAAAGAGGGUCACAUGGACCUGUUCAGCCGCUUCCUGUCGGGUAUCCUGUCGGACCGGAAUGCUAGUUUUCUCUCAAGGCAGGUGGGACUUACUUGCCAGAAGGAAAAAGUUGACACUUAUCGCCAAAAGAUCAUGACAGAUCUUACAAUGCUCUGUGAGAAUGGGGGCCAUAUCCUGAACUGCUUACAUUGCAUAUUUGAGCAACAGGACCCCUCGCUAUGUCAAGCAGUGCAACCAAAGACACUUCGAGUCAAUGUUAGUGAUGAAACACUCUCUCAAAUGGACUACAGUGCCAUCAAGUAUUUCCUUAAGCUAACAAAAGGUAAUAUAGCUGAGAUGGAUCUUACAGGGACUGGAGUAAACUCUGACACCUUAAAGUAUAUUAAACCACAACUGCUUAGAUGUGAGAGACUUUGGCUUGGAGAAAACAACUUAGAUGUGGAUGCAGUUCAAGUCGUUGCAGAUGUUUUGAAGGUCUCAGAGAGCAUCACUCAUCUUGGACUUGGGUGGUCAAACAUUGGUGAUGAUGAGCUGCAGGCUUUAACAGGAGCCAUACGAGUGAAAAGAAGGCUUCAGGAGUUGUGGAUGGAGGGAAACAGAGUGAGCUACAGAGGUCUGUUGUCUCUCAGUGACUUGACUCCUGAUCCUUUGACAAGGGUUGUAGCCAUAUGGAACUUGUAUGACAAAGAGCAAGAGUCGCCGUGUACCAAUGAAAGCAUUACAGUGAAUUUCACAGAUGAUGCAUUGUGGGAAGAAUGGGGGGAAUGGGUCUUUAAACGGUGUGAAGUCAGUUCCAAUGAAAAACUUGUAAUGGUCCUCCACAAAGUUUGCAACAUAUCCGUCCAGCGAUUUAAGGCCCAGUGGGCAAAGUCCUUCUACAGUAAUCUAUCACAACUCAUUAAGAGACGGAUUGAGUGCUGCACUGAGCAUGACAUGUGCAAGAAACUCAAAAGGUUUUACAGCACUUUAAAC